UGGUCUCGUACAAAGUCAUUUUAAUUCAACUAGUGGUUAUAAUAGUGAGCGAAUGAACGAGUCAACUGAGCACCAGAAUAGUUAAAAAAGCUCGCAAGUUUUGAACAACUCGUUCACGACUCGCUCAUCUCUUUUUCCCACAAUCCUUUGUUUUGCGGCUUGGGGGAGAUGAAAAUGGCGGAGAUUGAUGGAAAUGGGCUGCGGUUGCGCUUGUGAAACGAGCAUUAAAGCAAUCCUGGCCGAUUUGAACACUCGAAUCUUGUAUUAUUCAAUUGAGACGCCGCUAUGUGGAAUGUGAAAAUCGUGGUCUUGAAUCGGACAUAACCGGACAAAAGGUGGGUGUGUGUGGUUUCCAACCAUUCAGUGGACUUUCCCAGGGCUUCAAACCUCCAGGUCCGGCACACUAACAACUAGCAGUCCUGACCCAUGGACAUGCCAUCUGCAUCAGGCCUCAAAAAGAGGCUGACUACCUCCUCAUCCACAUCCCAAAGAGAUACCGGCAGAAGUCCUACUCAUUGCUCACCCUCGUUUUCUCGGUCCUCUCCAUCGUCUGAUCAGUCUUCUCCCUCAUCUACGACAUCCUCUGCCUGUGCUAACUCAUCAGCUUUUCAGAAUCAUGUUGAAGGUCCGACGACAGGAGCAGAAGUGGCAACGGUAUCUUCCACGUCUGCUUCUCUAGCAAUGUCGUCUCAGGCCACAUCCCUGUCUACACCAACCUCAGCAGAGUCGUUUCCUCGCACUGUAUUGGAGUCAACUGUUGAUUGUGAAGAAGGUAGAAAAAAUGAUAUUUAUGACCCUUUUCAUCCUACUGAUGUGGAAAAAGAUGCAAAGAUGGACGAAGACGAGGGAGAAAAGUAUGACCCAUUUGACCCAACUGGUUCCCCGGCAUCAGAUGCUGAUGAUGAGAGUGGCAAAAUAACAGAGGAGAAUAUAAACGCUGAGAGAGAAAUUGAUGAAGAGAAGGAGGAGGAGCCUCCAGAUUCUACUGACAUUUUCACCGACCCACCAAGCCCUCCUCCAGCUACCGAGCUCUCUCAUAGACGGCGGGUCGACUACAGUACUACCAAAGGCCGAGGUCGCAGAGCUGACUCAGAGAAUUCUGAGAUUGAGGAGGGGGAGAUUGUUGUGGCUAUAGAGAGAGAUAUUAGCAGUAAGAGAACGCCUUUAAACUCUCCUAAGAUCACCUUUUUUGAUCCAAAGCCGGAACGCAUCCUCCGGGUGCUGGAUGGCGAUGGAUUUGUGUCUGUAUGCGCAGACAGUCACUGGGAAGAGCCCGAGGAUGAGCCUGUAGUGGGAGUGGAGGAUCUGAGAAGGAAACUAGUAAGCAAGAGGAAGGAACGCUAUCUCUCCUGUCCUGGAUCGUCCCCACUUUCUUCUCAACCGUUGCCUCCUUCUUCUCCCCCCAUUAACUCCCCACCUUCUUCCCCUCUCGCGCCUGCUGCUGAGCAAGGAAGCAAGAACCGCAAGUCCUCCAAAAGCUCCAAGGACCAGAACAGACAGCGAAGUAAGGAUAGCAAGGCUCAGAAUAAAGAUGAGAAACGAAAGAAGAAGCGGAAGGACAAAGAGGCAGAUCGGGAAAGGUUUAGGGAGAAGAAUGAAGAGGACAAGAAUUAUAAGGAAGGUAAAAACAGGAGAAGUAGUAGGAGUAGUAGUCAGAAGAGGAAGAGAACGCAUCACAGUAGCCCAGAGGGUUCACGUUCACGCAACUCAUCAAGACGAGAGGGCCACAGUAGACACUCGUUCUCCAGCCAUUCUGUAGAGCGACAUAGAGAUAGGGAAAGAGAUAAGGACAGGGACAGAGGUAGAGACCGGGACAGGGGAAGAGACAGAGACCGAAAAACAGAGCCAGAGAGGCGGAGGGAGAGUGAACAAAACCGCAGCGUUUCCCAUAGAGAUGGAAGAGAUACAAGUUCUAGUUUGAGAAUGGAUGAGAGGAAACGUAAGGGAAGAUAUCACUCCAGCAGCAGAGAGCGGGACAUUUCAAAAAGGUCCAGAAGAAGUAGAGAGCGAGACCGAGACCGAGACCGGCAGCAUGAGCGGGAACGAUACCGGGACGGACGUCCUGUUGUUCCGCCAUCUAUUCAGGACCUUAAUGGUUCCGACCUGUUUGCCAUCAAGCGAACCAUCACAGUCACCAGCACCACAACAACCACCGUACCCGGCUCUCCUAUACUCUCUCAAGCCUCCCCCUGUCGGACCGUACAGGACACGGACAAGCUCCACAAGAGGAAGAAGAAAAGAAGAUGGCACUCGGGUGGUGAGGAAAUGGACCGAGGACCUUAUCACAGCCGAUCACAGUCCCUGUCUCCUCCAAGAUAUCACAGCUACGACUCAGACCACUAUUCGGAUAAACUGGAGAUGGACAUGUUGUCAUUAGAUGGUGAAGCUUUGGACUCUGACUACCCAUCAUUGGAAGAUACACCUCCACCAGCCCUGCCCACAGACCCACCUGUUCCCAGCCCGAAAUCUAAAACCAGCCCCAAGACCGAACGACAUCGCCCCAAAAAGAAAGGACGUACAUUAAAGAAAGCAACUCUGUCCUCUUCAUCGUCCUCCUCUUACAAUAAAACCAAAAGCAAAGGCAUUUCCUCACUGUCUCACCCCUCUGAUUCUGCCCCCAUCUCAUCAGGUCUUCCUCUUGCCAAACGAAACCGGAAGAUGGGAAAAGACAAAAUUUGGGAUAAAGGCGGCAAAAAAGAUUUGAGUCGCUCGAGCAAACCGAAGAAAGACGGCAACGGUCGGAAAACCAAACUUCAGUCCAAAGUGUCAGUUUUGGUGCGUGAGGGUGUGAGCAGCACCACUGGGACAUCGGUUGCAUCCAGUAAGCUGGGUAUGGACCUUCUUGGUCCAGGUGGUGCAGGAGGGGGUUCCGGAGGAUCUGUUGUGGGUGGUUCAAUUGCGGUAGUCUUCUGCAGAGACAACGAGAGCAGGUCACCAUUCCUUAAACCUUGCUCUGAACCUCUGUCAGUAGUAGUCCGCACUAAAGAUAUGUCGGGUAUGGGCAAGCGUAAUAGCCUGACAGCACCACCACCCUCUUUAAGCAGUCCUUUGGCACUGAAAUCUAAGAAAACCAAGCCUGGCUCUAUCACGUCCACUUCUUCCUCCACGUCCUCCCCUUCAUCAACAUUGGCGACCAAGCGUCGCCGUCGCUUGGUCAAGAAGGUCAAGGAAAAGGGUGGAGCAGCAGGCGCGGCCUCUGAAGAUGGAGGCCAAUCAAAAGCGACAUCUGAAGGCUGGAGCGCAGCCUCCCUGGAGGUUUUUUCCACUGGCGGCGAUGGAAGCAAGUCAGUCAGUCCACUCACUGGCCAAGUUGGUCCCAUUCCCUGUUUGUCAUCCUCCUCCUCAUCCUCCUCUUUUACAAGUCUGCUUCCACCCGCCUCCUCACCGCCCCGUACACCUCCAUCUUCAAUUGCCCCCCUGAGGGACACAAGGGAGUCUUCACCGGACUCUCAGACUGUGGACAGUAGCUGCAAGACUCCAGAGCCUUCCUUCCUUGCUGAGGACUGCCCUACUCAGACCAGCCCCCCACACACGCCAUCGAGUCCAGCCAGCAUGUCUGGGCCCCAGGGAACUGGCCUCAGCAUCACCUUGUCUACACCCACCACAAUGCCCCCUCUUUCGGACAAUGCACCCAAAUCUGCUGCCUCACCUCCUUCAUCCUCCUCGUCAGUGGGGGGUGGUCUCGCCUCCCUCUCUUUACCUCUAUCCUCAUCAGACCCUUCUUCCUCCUCCUCGGUGUCCUCGUCAUCUGCUAGUAAGCCCCCUCCGCCUCCACUUCCUGCAGCUCCUGUCCUCCCAUGGAGUCUGCAGACAGGAGUCGACUGCACAACUGGCGGAGUUCUUGCUUUAACUGCCCUGCUCUUCAAAAUGGAGGAGGCAAAUAUUGCCAGCAGAGCAAAAGCUCAAGAAUUCAUCCAAGCAACCAGCCAGAUCCUCUCUCAAGCCAACCAGAACCAGUCCCAAUCGCAUGCUCCUCCUUCAUCAGGCAACUCUUCAUCCUCCUCACAGAUCCCUCCUCCACCUCCUCCCUCGCUGCCUCCGUCGCAUGGAUUGAGCCCGGCACAGUUCAUCCUCCAGAGCUCCCUGCCCUUAGUUGGUUGCACCAAAACCCCACCCUCUCACUUGCACCCCAGCUUAGGUGGCGGAUGCGCACAGACUCCCCCACCGAUGUUGCCUGGGGGGCUGCCAGGAUUCAUGGGGAGCUCUAGAGACACUUUAUGGGACAAUGAAAGUAAAGACCCCGAUAAGUACCUGAAGAAGCUCCACACGCAGGAACGGGCAGUGGAGGAAGUGAAGCUUGCAAUCAAACCCUACUAUCAGCGCAAAGACAUCACCAAGGAUGAAUACAAAGAUAUCCUCAGAAAAGCUGUUCACAAGAUCUGCCACAGCCGUACCGGCGAGAUUAACCCCGUCAAGGUCAGCAACCUCGUGAAACUGUACGUCCAGCGCUACAAAUACUUCCGGAAACAUGGCCGCAAAAUGGACGACGAAGACCGGGAUGACAGGGAGCUGGGAUCACUGCAUUCCUCUGCCUGAUACGGGAGCUUUUUAAAAGAUGCGGUCACUCAUGUGUGGACAUUCACUGUUUUUGUAUGAUCAUUGUUUAGCCUACCAUGUCCAUGUAUCAUGCCUUUUAUCUCUUCAUUUUGCUGUAAAUAUAUCCCAUAAAAACAGGUCAUGUAUAGAAGAUGGCGAACGGUUAUCGGUCCAUGUAUUCCAAUAAAGUCAUCAACCUUGUCAAUGCUAUCAAUUCAUUGAUUGUAGCAAAAUACAUUUUAUUGUAGCCCAGUAUGUACUAGAAAGACACCAUAUUUGCUCUACAUCCUACUGUCUGUGUCUCUUUGCACACUGGACUAUUAUUUAUCAUGGUUCUAAUACAUUUUCAGAAUGUGCUGUCCUUGGUUUGUUUGCACGGGUUACUGAGUUUCAGCAAUUCCAUUCAAAUAUGAGUGGAUCAACAAAUCAUAAAUGGUGACU